AGCGUUUCGUUUUGACAAGACAACUGAGAUCAUCCAUCAGCAUCAGCCGUCAUUCAUAAAAAUGGCUGCGCUCAGAGUAUUCAGUCGUAAUUUACCAUAUUUACGACAGCAAUUUUCUGCUUUACUAGGAAACACUUCCCCCUCGGUUAAAUUCAUUUGUGUCGUUGUAGUGAUUGGAUACAUAUUGUCGUUUUCCGAAGUGGCUGUUGAUGUUUUAAGUGUAACACCAGGGUAUUUGUUGCCACCUUCUUUUCAACUGUGGUGUACUUUCACGUUUUGGUUCCUAGAGAUCCACUUAUGGGAGGUAGUGAUUGACAUUAUUACCGUAGGCUUGUGUGGGAAGCUAAUAGAGCCACUAUGGGGUCAAAUGGAGAUGAUAAAAUUCUUUUUCCUGACCAACUUUGGAGUGGCAUUUCUCACAACUUUCUACUACUUAGUAAUAUUUGCUUGCACGGGCCAAGCUUCUUACUUGUUUGAUAUACACGUCCAUGGAUUGGCCGGCUAUCUGGCGGCUGUUAGCGUGGCUGUCAAGCAAAUAAUGCCAGAUCAUCUACUGAUAAAAACACCACUAGGAAAACUCACAAACCGGUCAUUGCCUCUGCUGAUCUUAAUUGUGGCCAUCAUUCUGUGGGCAGUAGGAGCACUAGAGGGCACAUACCCGUGCAUGUGGGGCAGCGGCGUUAUACUCUCUUGGUUUUACUUGCGCUUCUGGCAACAACACAGCAACGGUACACGGGGAGACAUGGCAGACAACUUCAGUUUUGACAACUUCUUCCCGACGGUGGUGCAGCCGCUGGUGCGCGGCGUGCUGUCGCCCGCGCGCCGCGUGCUGGCGCGGCUGGGGCUGUGCGCGCCCGGCGCGCGCCGCGUGCACCUCGCGCUCAGCCCGCGCGGCGUCACCAUCUCCAUGCCCGGCGUCGAGCCGCAGGACAUGGAGAGGCGGAGGCAAAUUGCCCUGAAGGCGCUAAGUGAGAGGUUAUCUAAAACGUCGGAGCAGACGCGUCAGAAAAACUUAUCUGCCAAAGUUAACAUGGACGCUGUGAGAAAAAUGCAAUCUUCUCAUGUGAUACCUCAGUUCCCUACCGAAGCCCCGGAGAGCAGUCAGUCAACUUCAGGACCAGUGGAAGCCACUCUGGUCGACAUAGGGACAGACACAACUCCACCCACGACCAAACAGUCAUGAUUAAAGUCAAUUAAGUAAAUAUAAGGCUGUUCACAGAACCAAUGUAGAUACCUACAUGAGUCUAUGCAUGGACAAUCGUGCAUUAUGGACGUCCUUGAACUUAUGACUGUCAAUUUUUGCAAUUCAGUUCGACUUGUUGGGAAUAAGACUUGGAUGAAAAAGUGUGAAUGUUCAAAAAUUAGUGUAAAUAUGGUAAAAAUUACCACUGUUACGACAAUACAGGGAUGUGAAAAAGCAUAGAUUUAGUUGGGAGAUGUUUUUGAUCUCCCUUGAAGGGUUUAAUUUUUCUUUCCAAAGUGAUCUGAAAUAUAAGUGUUAUGCCAUGUUAUUCAAAAUUACUUGACUGACUACCUACUCUAAUUUAAGAAAGUGUAAUUUUUAAAUAUUUUUUUUUCAUGAGUGUAGGAAAAUUUUUGAUGUCCAUCUUGCACAAAUGUCUUCAAAUGCAAAGUCUAAAGAAGCAAACAAUUAAUAUGUGAUUGAGAAGGAAAAUACUUAGGUAUGUUUAAUACGAAGCAUGGCAUGACUUCUGUCUGCUCAAAGAACUUAAUUGUAUUUUGUGUUCACCUAAAAUAAUACUUUGGGAGCAUAUUAUGAACUGAAGUUUGAAACUAUCUUCAUAUUUAAUGAGGAUCUUUUGGGGCUGUGAUGUUUCUGAUCUGUGGGUACUUUUUAGUUCAGUUUCAAAGUUCCAAGACAAUUUACUGAUCAUGUGACAUUGGUCAGACUGUCUACACAGACAAAAUAGUUUUGUCAAAGUUAUUAUAUUUAAAGAUCUUUUUCCUAAAAAAAUAUGAGUGAAGUAUUUGUUACAUAGUGGCUAUUAUACAAUCUGUGGUUCAGUUUGCUUUUAUUUUUUAACUUUAUUUCUUCAUUUUGUGUAUGUUUUGAGAUGCAAGGAGCUGAUUUGGACUUUGUUAUUAAUAUUUUUAUUUAUUUUGUAUUUAAUUUUAUAUCAGGCUAUCUGCAAUGGAACUGUGAAGUUAAUACAUAUAGUAUUUGAUUUUCUUUAUAAAUGUUCAGUGAAUAUGGUAAACAUGUGUAUGAGUAUAAAAAAGGUAAUAUUUUUUGCAGAUUUUAAUGCAUUUGUUGAUGGUGGAGUAAAAUGUUGAUGAAUGUGAAAUAUUGUAAAUAGUAUUGAUUAGUGUUAAUAAAUAAAUACCCAAUUAAUUAUUA